AUGUCUGGGGGCUCAGAGAGUGAUGACUGUGUAACAGCUAAUGGGAGGGUUUACAUUCCUGAAGUAAGAAAUGAGGAAACACCAGCAGUUGGGAUGAAGUUCGACUCGCUUGACCUUGUUUAUAAUUUCUAUAAUAGAUAUGCAUUCUUGGCUGGCUUUGGUAUUCGACUUCAUUCCAGCUUUUGGGGGAAAAAUAAGAAAGAGAUUCUGAGGAAAGAAUUUGUAUGUUGCAAACAAGGUGCAUACAGGAAAGAUGAAACUCGAGAGAGAAAAAGACAGUGGGAAAUAAGUAGAUGCAAUUGCGAAGCUAAGAUUGCGGUUGUGAAGGCAAAUGGGAGCAAGAAGUAUACCAUCUCUCUUUUUACAGAGGGACACGAUCAUAAGAUGACACCCUCAGAAAGAAUGCAUUUAUUGAGAUCACACCGUUGUAUUUCAGAUUCUACAAAAGUACUCACAAAACAAUUGGGUUCGGUUAAUAUUCCCAUUAAUCAGAAGCUGAGGAAUCACGAUGUUGAACUAGUGACCGAGUAUUUUAUGGCUGAACAGAAAAAAAAUGAGGCUUUUUAUUUCAAGAUUGAGGGAGAUGGCGAUAACAGGUUUAGUCGAUGUUUUUGGGCAUAUGCAACUUCUAGACGGGCGUACGGAUUUUAUGGAGAUGUUGUUGUAUUCGAUACCACAUUCAACACGAAUCAAUACGACUUGACAUUUGCACCAAUGUUGGGAGUUAAUAACCAUGGUCAAACAAUUGUCUUAGCAUGCGCAUUUUUGAGCAAGGAAACGACUGAGUCGUUUAUUUGGAUGUUUGAGGAGUUUAAGAAAGCCAUGCUAGGUGGCGAACCUAAAACGAUCAUUACAGAUCAAGAUGCGGCAAUGACCAGAGCGAUUUCAAUAGCCUUCCCGACUAUAUUUCAUCUACUUUGCAUAUGGCACAUCACAUCAAAGUUCUCUGUUAAGUUACCACAUUCUGCUUAUAAGGAGUAUUGGCGUGAAUUCCAGAAAGCCAUAUGGGAUACUGACAAUAAGGAUGAGUUUGAUGCAAAAUGGAAUAGUGUGGUUACAAAGGCUGGUUUGACUGACCAUCCAUGGCUAAGUUCAAUGUUUGAUUUAAGGGAAUCUUGGGUUCCAGCCUACGCACGACACUUUUUUGCUACAGGAAUGGCACUUUCUCAUCAACGUCAAAAAGAGUUAGUUGCUGAUCACAUAGAUGCAUUUGAAGUGGCUCAAUGUAUUCUACCGAUGCCAAUGAACAAACAAAUGGCUACCUUGUACACAAGGACAAUGUUUCAAAAGUUUGAGCAAGAACUAAUACAAAGUACAGCAUGUUUCCUAGAGCUCAAAACAGAGGAUGCUUCUAAAGUUGUCUUUAAUCACAUCCUAGCAUUGUUCAGAAGGGACCAGAUUGAAUAUAUGCCCGAUAAAUACAUUUUGAAGAGGUGGAAGAAAACUGCGAAAUCUGGAUUGGUGUCCAAUGCAAAUGGCAACGAAAUUAAAGACUCUGCAGAUCCUGGUCUUUUAAUAAAGCGGAGUACAAUGUCCCGACUUGCUUCAGAUGUGGUUGAGGAUGCAUUAAUGUGUGAAGAAGGAUGUGAGCUACUGUCAGAGACUCUAAGAAGUUUGCGUGUGAAGUUGAAGUUGUUGAAGGAUGGACCAAGUAAUAACGAAGUUGGACCAGCUCUCAAACACAAUAUAUGA